AUGGCCACUGCACCAAAAGAGGCAGAAAAUGCUAUUGGCUUGGAGGAAAUCCACACAGAGAGAAAAGAACCACCAAAAGGACAAAAGACAUUUACAGUGGAAGAAGCUGUGGAAACCAUUGGGUUUGGGAGGUUCCAUAUCAUGCUUUUCCUCAUCAUGGGCAGCACUGGGGUGGUUGAAGCCAUGGAGAUCAUGCUGAUAGCUGUUGUGUCCCCUCUCAUCCGAUGUGAGUGGCAGCUCCAAGACUGGCAGGUGGCUUUAGUGACAACAAUGGUGUUUUUUGGCUACAUGGUGUUCAGCAUAGUGGUCGGGCUCCUGGCUGACCGGUACGGCCGCUGGAAGAUCCUGCUGCUCUCCUUCCUCUGGGCAGCCUAUUUCUCCCUGCUGACCUCGUUUGCCCCGUCCUACACCUGGUUUGUGUUCCUGCGGGCCAUGGUGGGAGGCGGCGUAUCGGGCCACGCGCAAGGACUUAUCAUAAAAACGGAAUUUUUGCCCACCAAAUAUCGGGGAUACAUGUUGCCCUUAUCUCAGGUGUUUUGGUUGGCAGGAUCCUUGUUGAUCAUUGGCCUGGCAUCAGUGGUGAACCCAACCAUUGGCUGGCGGUGGUUGAUCAGAAUUGCCUCCAUCCCUGGCAUCCUUCUCAUCCUGGUGUUCAAGUUCAUCCCGGAGUCGGCACGGUACAACGUGUCCACGGGGAACACGGGGGCUGCGCUGGCCACGCUGCAGAGGAUAGCCAGGAUCAACGGGGCAGCCGUGCCAGAGGGACACCUGAGGGAGCCUGCCCAGGAAAGAAGGGGAAGAUUCAAGGACCUCAUCCACCCCAAAUACCUGAGAACCACUUUGCAGAUAUGGAUCAUAUGGCUUGGCAUCGCUUUCGCUUAUUACGGCGUCAUCUUGGCCAGUGCUGAGUUGCUGGAGCGGGACCUUGUGUGUGGCUCUGCAGCCCCAGCGCUGCAGGACCCCAGCGAUGCCUCUGAGGAGAGCCACAGCCCCUGCCACUGCCGCUUGUUUGGGCCUGCUGCCUACCAGAGCAUGAUCAUCAGCACAGCCGGAGAGAUCGCACUGAAUCCUGUGAACAUUCUCAGCAUCAAUCUCCUCGGAAGACGUCUAAGCCUGUGUAUCACCAUGGGAUGUACAGCUCUAUUCUUUCUUCUCCUUAAUAUCUGCACCUCAAGGGCAGGCAUGGUUGGCUUUCUCUUCAUGCUGCGUGCCUUGGUUUCAGCCAACUUCAACACCAUCUACAUUUACACAGCAGAGGUUUAUCCCACCACAAUGCGAGCGCUGGGGAUGGGGACUAGUGGGGCAUUGUGCCGUGUGGGAGCAAUGGUGGCUCCAUUUAUAUCACAAGUUCUUAUGAGUGCUUCUUUCUUGGGAGCCCUGUGUCUCUUCUCCUCUGUGUGCAUCAUCUGUGCCAUCUCUGCAGUGACACUGCCCAUCGAGACCAAGGGCAGGGCCCUGCAGGUGGGUACCACCACUCCCGGAGCUCCUGUGGCUCCAAACGCUGUUAGGGACUUGGAGGUGACGAUGCAGCCAGAAUCCAAACCCAGACCUCCUGAGGUUUCUCAAGCCUGA